AGCAAUCCUCCGAACUGCCCCGCUCAUCCUCCUGAGCGACUUCCUUGUUAGGAAGAGAGAGAGAGGAGAGGGGAGAAAGAGGGGGCACAAGAACAGGCCAUCUUGAUACAGGUCACUCAACUCGACCGGUUGACUUCCUUCUUUCAAAAGAGAGAGAGAGGGAGUAAAUAUUUCUCUUAAAUUCAGAGGGAGUGAACAGUGGUGGUGAGGAGGAAGAUGCUUUGACAUGUUUGCUUUGAUUUGGUUGUGAUGUGCCUUCACUCCGCGCGGAGUAUUUAAUUGGUGAUGCGUCGAUUUGAAGGCAAGGUUGAGUCUCCGGCGGACUUGCAGGCGAUGGGAGGAUAGAUGGUGCAGUCGUCCCAUUCGUGGCUAUCAGGAUUGCUACAUUCUGCAUUGGGAGAAGACGGUCGCAUGAUGGGCUGUUUCCCUUGCUUUGACUCCCAGGAGGAUUUUCAUGUUAAGAACGUCGAGGAGGUCAAGAAGGAGGGACCUCCAUCCGUGUCGGCUUAUGCUUCGAGGAUUUCUGCAGGAACAGAGAAGUUAUACCCGAGGCCACUCUCUGCCCCGACGAGGGGAAUUCCAGGUCCCAACGAACGGCCUGAAGUGAAUAAAAUUGCAGCGACGACGUUCACAUUUCGCGAGCUCGCUGGGGUGACGAAUAACUUCAGACAGGAUUGUCUUCUGGGGGAAGGUGGAUUUGGACGGGUUUAUAAAGGUCGACUCGAAAGUACAGGGCAGAUUGUUGCUGUAAAACAACUGGACAGAAAUGGACUACAGGGGAACAGGGAAUUCCUAGUGGAGGUUCUCAUGCUUAGCCUUUUACAUCAUCCUAAUCUUGUGAAUUUGAUCGGAUAUUGUGCCGAGGGGGACCAACGCCUUCUUGUGUAUGAAUUCAUGCCGUUGGGGUCCUUGGAAGAUCAUUUGCAUGACCUCCCUCCUGACAAAGAACCACUGGACUGGAACACAAGAAUGAAAAUUGCUGCUGGUGCAGCCAAAGGAUUGGAGUACCUGCAUGACAAAGCAAAUCCUCCUGUCAUAUAUAGAGACUUUAAAUCAUCCAACAUACUACUGGGUGAAGGUUUCCACCCAAAGCUCUCUGAUUUUGGUCUUGCAAAACUUGGUCCAACUGGGGACAAGUCUCAUGUCUCCACUAGGGUGAUGGGAACAUAUGGUUACUGUGCUCCUGAAUAUGCCAUGACUGGACAGCUUACAGUCAAAUCUGAUGUCUACAGUUUUGGUGUGGUUUUUCUGGAGCUCAUUACAGGAAGAAAGGCAAUUGAUUCUACAAGACCGCAACCUGAACAGAACCUUGUUCAGUGGGCUCGCCCACUUUUUGGUGACCGUAAGAAGUUUCCAAAAAUGGCUGAUCCACUAUUACAGGGCCAGUUUCCAAUGCGAGGCUUGUAUCAAGCACUUGCAGUGGCUGCAAUGUGUCUUCAAGAACAGGCAGCCACACGCCCAAUGAUUGGAGAUGUAGUGACGGCUCUGUCCUUUUUGGCAAAUCAAAAUUAUGAUCCCAAUGCAGCUCAAGGCAUCAGAGCAGUCAAGGAGGACAGAAAGAGCCGAAGGGUUGGUGCUGAUGAGGACAAAGGAGGACAGACUAUGUACAAGGAAGAAGGUGGAGGCUCGGCUAUUACAUGGGACUUGAACGAAUCAGAUAAAGAUUAUUCCCCCAAGGAUGCCAUAAACCACAACAGGGAUUUGGAUAGAGAGAGAGCAGUUGCUGAGGCUAAAAUAUGGGGAGAAAAUUGGAGGGACAAGAAGAAAACGGAUGCAUAUGUAAAUACAACAAAUGUAUAAAAGAGAAUGGUUAAUGAUCCAGCGGGUCCAUCCCUCGAACAAUUUUCUUAGGUAGAUCAUUGCCAUGGGAACUCAAGUUUUACGAAUCUGGCCAGUGGGUUCAGACGUAAUGCACGCAUUUUUUCAGGUCCUUCUGAAGGGAAUUGUGGUUUCUCUAUGUUGCAUUUAGUUUCUUUUCCUUGCCUUUUUCCCUUCUUGCAGGGAAGAAGUCUAAAACAGUUAUAGAAUGUAAAGAUAUAUACACAAGUUGUACCGUAA